AUGGCAGACAGAAACAACUCCCGUAUGGGCCACAAAGAGAAUAUUGCUGGAGAUGCCAAGUGGCUGGCUGUUACGUCCGACAUGACGCUUUCUGCUGCGGCAGACCUGUACUUUCAGUUCUGCCACAACCAACCAUACUCCCUCUUCCACGAGGAAAGCUUUCGCCGUCGCUUGGUAGCUCAGACGCUCCCCGACUACCUUUGCCUGGCCUUGUUGGCCACAGCCAGUCGAUUUUCUCAUUCCAGUAGACCAUUGCUACUCUGUGCAGACCAGGCGUGGGAGAUUGCCAUCAAGCGCUCGACGGCCAACAUUGACUCUGCGGAGAGUCUAACGAUUGCCCAGACGAUUCACCUUCUUUGCGUCAUUGACUACUCCGAUGGCCGAUGUCGCGCUGCAUGGAUCAAGCUUGGCUUGGCUGUUCGCAUAGCGCAGUGCUACCGAUUCAACACUGAGCCCGAUCCGCGUCUUCGUCCUGAAGUUCAGGAGGAAUACCGACGCACAUUCUGGUCUAUCUACCUACUUGACAGGCUGAUGUCCUGCGGGCGAGAAAGACCACCUGCGCUUCAAGACAAGGAUUGCCUAUUACGUCUUCCGUCCAACGAACAGGCCUUCCGAGACUGCUGUGAGAAUCGGGGUCCAGUACUUGAACAACUCGUUGGAGACGCACCAGCAGUUACCGAGCUUCCUGAACACAGCCAUUUCUCUGUAAUCAUAUUGAUGGCAGCGACACUGAUCCGGGUGGUGAAUUACGUGCUGCGAGAGGACUCACGGGUUCACGAUGAUGUUCCCUGGUCUGCUGCUUCACAGUACUCAGCGCUCGAGUCAACUCUAUGGCGGCUGGAACUCAAUUACGGACUGCUAGAUCCAUUGAAUGCUGUAUGGGAGCAAACACUGACUUCAGGUGGCGUGGUAGACCCACGAGCCGCGGGGCCCCUCAUAUAUGGCCGCGCUUUGUUCCACCUUGCGGGCUGUCUGCUGCACCACCCAUUCCUUCUCCAGCAUCGAUUAGCAGAGUCGGCCAGCAGGACACCUCCAGGAUUCUUGAGCAAAGCUUGGACGUCAGCUAGAAGCCACGCCACUGCACUCACGAUGCUGCAAGAGACGGAAAAUCUCGGCUGCGUCACAGUUUCUUGCUUCAGAGGGUACUGCGCCAUGGUUGCCGGUUCGGUCCACCUUCUUUUUGCGUCGGACAGUAACAGUGAGAUACGCGAGGCGUCAGUUCGACGAUAUGAGGAGUGUCGAGGUCUACUUCUGAAGUUAUGCCGUUACUGGGAAAGUUCGAGGCUAAUGUUCAUGAAGCUUGAGCGUCUGUAUGAGGAUAGAGGCCGUUACCGCCAAUUCUUUGAGUAUACACUAGCUAUGGGCGCAAAGCCCAAGCUCGCAGCAUUCUGGGACAGUAUGGACAACUGGGUUCCAUCAAGCCGAUCCCCGAGCCCCGAGCAUGGCCCUCCUGAGCCAGUACAGCCAAUUCAUUUCCCCACGUCUAUGGACUUUUUCGAUCUCGCGCCGGCGGAUCCUUGGGGAAACGGAAAUUCGAUAUUCGAAAUGGACUUUGCGGGUGGCAAUAACUUUAUGUAA